AUGAUAAAUCAAGAUAGUCAAGCAUCAGAACCUGGCUUAUUAGCCGGUCAUUAUCGUCCAGAACAUUCGCCAGCCAAUGCAUGCGAUGGCGAUACUUCCACAAAGUAUUUAAGCUAUGGAAGGUGUUCAGAUGAUAAACAUGCAGUUGAAUGCGGUUCGGACACUGGUUUCUACCUGGAGUUGAAGCGAGGUGCAUCAUUAGUUACAGGAUUACAAAUCUGCACAGCCAAUGAUCGUCCAGAGCGUGAUCCACUUACAAUGUCAUUGGAAGGAAGUAAUCAGUCUGGAUCGAAUCUCACUCUCGGCUCGAGCUGGACUUUGAUUUACAAUGGACCUAGUGGUCUUCAAACAAAUCCUGGUAGACUCACCUGUAGAAUUAUGCAACUGACGAACAAUUCGAUUCAGUAUAAAAGUUAUCGGUUUCUUGUUUCAAGCAAGCGUGGCGUCGAGAACAGUGUUCAGUAUUCUGAACUAAAGCUAUUUGGAUACUGA